AUGUGGAACGCAUUGCGAUUUGCGCUUGCCACCCUCGCAGCCAUCCAUGUGGUGGCUGCCACGGAUUCGGAAUGCCUAGAGGCUGAGUGCGGAGUGAUUGAGGACGAAGCCCCCUUGCUGGAUGUCCAGCUCCUCCAAAAGUCCUUGCGCCUCACGCCGGUGAAACCAUCAGCCAUUGAGACGGUAGAAGCUGAUGGAAGUGUCAGGGAGGCAGACAUUGAACCAGUGGAGGACCAUUCGCUACUUCAGACCUCGUUGGAGGUCAGCGAAGCGGAGGCAUCCAAUGCGACGGCAGUUUUGGGAAUGGACGGUUGGCGUCUGCGUCCGAAUGCCAGCUGCUUUGUGGAGGGCCUGCUUCCGAUCUCUGGCACGAAGCCGUUGCUCGUGCAGCUCGGAACUGUGCACGAGCUCUCCAACGAAGUCGGCCACUCCUCGCUGUCGGUCGCGUCCUUCCUCUUUGCGGACGCGGCCAAGUUGAGGGCCUCCCUGAUUUUGUCACUCUACGUUGCGCUCUACAUUUUUUCCAUCGUCUCCAUGUACUACCACAUGACAACAGUGCGGCCAGCAGGCAAAACUCCUCUCCCCGGCUACGGCAAAGGAGACACUUGUCCCGAAGAUGAGAUACUGCGGAGCAACUCCUACUUGAGCUGGCUGUGUGUGACUUGGCUGAGCCCCAUGGUGGCACGGCUAGGCCACUCCUGGAGCAGCGCAAUGUCCAAGUGCAGCCCGGACGAAAUCCCGCCCGUGAACUCCCCGGAGUACCAGGCGGCUCGCCAAUGCGAGAGGUUCGAGGCCCUUUGGGCAGAAGAGGUGCAGCUGCGUGGCUUGGACGAGGCAAGCAUUAUACGAGUGCUAUUCAAGCUUUGGGGCUACAAGAAGCUGUUCUUCUUCCACAUGUCGCUCUUCAUUCAUGUGGUGAUUGGCAACUUGUACCAAGUGUACCUGAUCCAGUCGUCCCUGAGCUACUUCUUCUGGCUUCAGGCCCAGGUGCACGAGACCGGUGAGCUUCCUGACAUGACGAAGCCCAUCUUGUCGUCCAUCGUCGCCUUCUCAAUACAGCCGCUUGUCUUCGCCAUCCUGUGCUCGUUCGAAGCCAACCUCUCCAUGAAGUUCGACCAGUCCGUCGCAGGGGUGGCCGUGGCUAUGUUCAAGAAGACACAGCGCCUUCCUGCCUCUGUCCUCAGCCAAGACAAGCCUGUGGGCUCCGAGGACCUGGCCGAGAAGGUGUCGAAGAAGCCGAAUGCCAUGAUGACGAUCAACAAUGAUGUGAUUGGCAACUUCCAUGGGCUGACGUUUCAGGCCUCACUCACGCUUAACGCGACCAUGACGGUGGCGGUGCUGCUCGUGCUCAUGGCUGUCAAGCUCCGCCUGGCCACUCUCUUCUGCCUGGCAGUGGCCAUCCCAGCCCUCACCGUGUCCGUGAUCCUCAGCGGGGCCAUGGGGAUCAACAUGAUGCAGCUGCAGGAUGUUCAGGACAAGCGCGUCUACUUGCUCCGCGAAGUGCUCAAGGGCAUUCGCAUUGUGAAGUGCUACGCGUGGGAGAACGCCAUGGAGGAACAAAUCAAAAGGAUCCGAGCCAGAGAGCUGUCGAUGCUGGGAAUCUACUUCAGGAUGUGCAGCCAUUUCGUUGUCCUCUUCAACCUCUUCCCAAGGUUGUUGACCUGCGCCGGCCUGUGGGGCUUCCUUCACCUGUACGGCAACAGCGACCUCGCCUCGAUCUUCGCUUGCCUGCAGAUCCUGGCUUCCCUGAGGGCGGAGAGCUCCACGCUGUCUGGAGGCAUCCAGCGAAUGAUCACGGUCCGCAUCAGCGCAUUGCGCGCGGAGAACUACCUGAAGCAAGAGGAAGCACCGGUUCUCCCAGGAGUUAGCGUUCCAAAGUGGGUGGAGAUCUGGCCCAAGACUGGCGGCUCGGAGGGGACCAGCUUCCAGAUCCGUGGAAGCUACCUCUACUCCCGCGAGAAGCCGUCGGAGGUGGCUUUGCACGACCUCGACAUACAGGUGCGAAAGGGAGAGAUGGUGGCGAUUGUCGGUGGCGUGGGCUCCGGGAAGAGCACUCUUCUAGAAGCUGCGCUCGGGGAGCUCCAUCCUGCCUCGGAAGAGAAGGCCUUCUUGUCCCGGCCGCAUGUCUGUGGGUACAGUGCGCAAGUCCCCCACAUCGCGGAGGGCACCCUGCGUGAGAAUGUGGUCUUUGGCCAGGAGUUCGAUGAGGCCAAAUAUCGCCAGGCCGUCGCAGCUGCGGGCCUGGAUGGCGACCUGAAGCUCCUGCCAGGCUCAGAAUACUCCUGGGGUUCUCUUCAGGCUCAGGGUGUGCAAAGACCAUGUGGUCACUUCUCUAGUACGACUAUAAGGUAA